AUGAUGGGUAAAUAAUGGGGACCGAACAAUGUAAUGUCAUGAAUUUAUUAGCCUAGGAUGGUUGUUUUUAUGGCUAAUAUGAUUGUCCUGAAUAUUGUGAACAUUGUCAUCAAGGUUUAUGUUUAAAAUGCAGUAAAAUUUCAAGUUAACUUGAUAAUCUUACUAAUUAAUGUCUAACAUUUUGUGGAGAUGGAUAUUUAACAAAUUAAGAAUAUUUUGAUGAUGAAAAUAACAUUCUAUAUGAAGGUUGUUAUGAAUGUAAAUUCUAACGUAAUUAAUUUUGUCAGAUUUGUGAAAAUGGUAUAUGUUUUGAAUGUCAGUUAGGAUAUUCUUUAAAUAAAUUACAAAAUAUUUGUGAUAGUGUUUGUGGAAAUGGUAUUAUUACACAUAAUGAAGAAUUUGAUAAUGGUAAUUUAUAAUUAUUAAAUGAAUGUUCAAAUUGUAAACUUUAGUGUUAAGAAUAAUGUAUUAUUUGUGUUAAUGGAUAAUGUCUUGAAUGUAUAUAAGAUGGCUGGUAAUUAAAUUUGAUUGAUAUGAAUUGUUAACCAAUUUGUGGUCACCAAUUAGUAUUAAGUAAUGAAUAGUGUGAUGAUGGUAAUGAUAAAGAGAAUGAUGGUUGUGCUAAUUGUUUUUUUAAAUGUUAGGAUGAAUGUACUUUGUGUGAAUUUGGAAAAUGUAGAGAGUGUGGUUAUGAAGGUUGGGAACUAAUUGUUAAUGAAUGUUUUCCUAUAUGUGGAGAUUAUUUAGUUUUAGGUAAUGAAGAAGGUGAUGACGGAAAUAGGAUUCGUUCAGAUGGAUGUUUUGAAUGUAAAUAUUUAUGUUAAGAUUAAUGUAAUGAUUGUGUAGGUGGUUAUUGUAAAGCUUGUAACACUAGAGGUUGGGAAUUUAAUAAAAUAAUAUUUGUGUUACUGUAUGUGGAGAUGGUAUCGUUAUUAAUUUAAAUGAAUAAUGUGAUGAUGGUAAUGAUAUACCAUAUGAUGGUUGUUAUUUAUGUGAAUUUUAAUAUGAAUAAUUAUGUACAUUAUGUGAAUAAGGAAUAUGUGUUGAAUGUAAUUAAUUAGGAUAUAUAUCAAAGAUAAUAAUUGUACUCCUUAUUUUGGUGA